GCCACCUUUACCUACACCAGGUCUUCCCCAUAUUUUGUCACCUCAUAACUCCGACCCAACCCUGCGACGAACUCGCCUCUUCAACGAUCUGUCGAUUGAUAUUCGCAAAAGUCGACUACACUCUUGUUCACUCCCGCGACCCAAUUACCACAAUCCCAAACGCAUAAGGGAAAUCAUAUCAUCUCCAUCGAUCGCACCUCUGACCUCCAAGACACGCACACACAAUGUCUGAUCUCCUGCAAGAGAUGGCCGAUGUGCCAAAGGACUUUUUCAAGGAUGGAACACAGUUCAUCAACAGAUGCACAAAGCCCGACCGAAGAGAAUUCAUCAAGAUCUCGCAAGCCGUGGGAAUGGGAUUCUUGAUCAUGGGAGCAAUCGGUUACUUUAUCAAGCUGAUACACAUCCCAGUCAACAACGUAUUAGUAGGUUGAUUGACCGAGUACGUCCAGCCACACAUACGGUACAGACAACGCUCUUGCUCCAGCAGCCACACGAGUUCCAAAGCGAAAGGAAGGAGCGGAAUUAUAAUGAUCAAAAAUCCUUGUUUCUUUGUACCAAUACCAUACCAGCCAGACAGAGUCGGGGAGAGGCAAUUCCCUUUUGAAAAAAAUCGCAACGCAAUGCCACAGACUUUCUUCUUUUGUUUUUUCCCUGUACCACUGGCAGAAGACCAUCUUACCUGGGCAACACGUUUUUCCACCCCCCCAUACACGUUUUACCACUUCGCCGCAAGUUUGUCUAUUAUAUCUUCGGGAAUAAUUUUCCCUGUCGAUGAACGACUUCCACGUCCAUCAUGGCACGACAUUAUCUCGCGCGUGAAGAGAACCCACAAAAAUGACAGUUCGAGUCAUCAGCCGGGAGAUUGUCAGUGCCAUCCGUGGUAACGCCGCAGGCACAAAGGGGACAUGAUGGUCCAACAGGUUUCAGAUUCAAAUGUUUCUUGGAUGUUUUCACUCUUCCUCUUUUGUUCAAAACAAUACGGAGUAAAAUAAUUGGAUUUGCGAAA